ACCGAGCUCGUUAGACUAUUUCUGCAGACGUCCACGGGCUGAAUAGAGGACCCUUUCCUGACAGUCUCUAGAUAGCAAACGUCCGGUGCUUCGAGGUUCUCAAGGAAGGCGGCAUGAUCAUAUGUCCGAAGAUUCCUACCUCGUUGAUGACAGCAUGCCGAUAAUGCAAAUGUGCUGUGUGCCACGGACCUCUCCAAAAGCCUCCGUGGACAUUGCAUCCCGGGGGUCCACGACAAAUAGGACCUCUAUUCGCGCACGCGGCCAGGGAUGGUCGAGACACAAUGCCCCGACGGCCACGCAAGGCGGAGACGUGCGGUAGGACAGCGUAGCUCUUCGUUGUACGCGCUAACCCUGCCCGCGGGUUAUGUCCCUGCAGCUCCAUUCCCAUGUCCGAGUCCGGUCUUCACUCGCUUGGUGAGAGCACGACAUGCUGUGCCAGGUUGACACGGAGCAGAGACAGUGACCGCAUGGGCCAGUCAGUCUGAGCUUCAAACUAAAAACGCUAAAAGGCUCACUCUCGGACAAGAGCCGGUGGAGGCGAGGAGUUUUGAUCCAGCACUGGCAGGGUCGUAGGUACGCCGUGCUACCAACGAUUUUGAUGUUUGCAAAGAAUAUAUUCGCUUCCCUGACGCAUUCUGUACUCCCAGAUGCUCCCAAAAUAAGCAUACGCCAUCGCAAGUUUCGACUUCAUAGCCCAGGUGCGUCAGUACUGGUGGGUGCAGGACCGCUCGAUCAGGUUGGGGGCCGUGGCAUCGCGGAAGAGCAGCCGCCUUUGUAUUGGUCGCACGUCGACGGUGCUUUGCAGUUCAAGGACAUGACAUUCAGCCAUUUCCAUGAGUGCUUUGUUCACUCUCGUCACACACCUGUGCCAGACCCAACUUCCCGCCACCAGGUGAACAUGUCGCGCCGCCCUCCUCGCCGCCCUCAGUCAGGCGUUCUCUCAGCCGUUUCCUUGUCCAGCUUCCAGGUGAGACUAACGAUGCCCCCGGUGUCGCGUCGACAGGGUGUAGUGGGUGGCCAUGGGCUGUUGUUUGGCGAUGCGGAUCUCAGCAGGGUUCACCUGGAAAUGACCACGUGACUUUAAGCGCUUUGCGUCCAAUUUGGCAAGCAUUGUGGCGCUUCAUUAGACGCCAACCCCAGCCCCCACUCGCUUUGACACGACACGCCGACCGUAUGUUCACUCGCUGCCGGGCCAAUCCUCAGCGUAUCUCAUCUUCAGAUCGCAUGUUCUAUGUUGGGAUGUGUGGAAUUUUGGAGCAUCUUUUGGAGUACAGGGCUCUCCACGUAGAGGUUUAUCCCAUGGACAAGUUGGC